AUGGAAAAUGGAAUAUCGGGUUCCUUCAGUGUAAAAUCUGGAGGAUGCAUACUAUCACCAAUUCUCUUCCUUAUGGUCAUUGAUUGGAUCCAAAGAAACACCACACAUGACAAAAUGAGGGGUAUCCAAUGGACAAUGUUCAGUCACUUAGAAGACCUGGACUUUGUAGACGAUCUGGCAGAAGUAUCAGGAAACAUCAUCCACUUACAAGAAAAUACUGAUAAAUUAAACUCCUUUGCCAAACAAACUGGGCUUAACAUCAAUGCCAAGAAGACCAAGGUAAUGACAAUCAAUGCACCAGAACCUGUCACAUUAAAUGGAGAGGCACUUGAGGAAGUUGAGGACUUCACCUACCUUGGCAGUAUCCCAAGUAAGGACAACGGCACUGGUAAAGACAUAAAAUCACGUCUCAGUAAAACACAGAUAGCAUUUGCCCAACUUCAGCCCAUCUGGAAGUCAAACAACUACAGUCUGAGAACAAAACUCCAACUUUACAACAGCAAUGUCAAAUCAGUUCCCCUGUAUGGGUCUGAAUGCUGGCGUGUUGUUGACAGCGACAUGAGAAGAGUAGAGGCAUUCCACAACAACUGUCUUCGAAAAAUCAACCGUAUCUUCUGGCCAAACAAGAUCUCUAACAGAGACCUGCACAAGAAAAGCAAAAGCACGAGUAUAACAACAGAAAUCAAGCAAAGAAGAAUGAGAUGGCUGGGACUCGUGAUGAGAACGCCCCAGGGCAGGAUACCCAAAAUAACCUUACAUUGGACACCAUCUGGAAAGAGGAAGCGAGGUAAACCACGAACAACAUGGAGAAGAACCAGAACAUCAGAGUUAGAGGAAAUGGGCUACUCGUGGGGGCAGGUACAGUAUGUGGCAAAGGAUAGAAGAUGGAUACAGCUUGUAGAAGCCUUAUGUCCUAUCGGGGGCAAAGGGGAUAAGUAA